AUGGAACAUUUUCUCGAACGUUUAGAUACUAUUUUGUCAACCGACCCAUUUCAAAAUGUUAAUUGGCCUGGAUUAUCAGCAAAAGAUACUGAGUUCGAAGAAAUUAUGGAAGAUUUACUACAAGAAUUAUCGAUUAAGCCAGAUUUCUCAUUUUUAUAUCAAACGCAAGAACUGAAUUCAAUAACAAGUGGAAAUAAAUCGUCCACUAUUGGUAUUCCAAUUGUUGAAUCUGAUACAUCUGCUGAUGAAGAUCAACAUUUAUCUGAAGAUGAACAUUGGACAAAACAAGUUAAAGAUCCAGCAAAAAGUAUUGGUCAUGAUUCUCCCGUUAAACUGGAAUUGAAUACAUCAUCAUAUAUGGUCUAUCCACCUCUCAAAUCACCAUCACCACCAUCCAAAUCGAGCCGUAGACAUCCUGUUCGUUAUGUCGAACAAUCAAGAAGAGAUACAUACACAAUUGUAAAUAAUGACAACAAGUCAUCGGAAGAUAGCAGUGGUAGUGAUCAAGAACACGAAUCGAACAAAAUCAAUUAUUUACGUAUGGACGGCUAUCCUAUAUAA